GAAGCGCAAGCGAACCGAGGAGGAGGAGAAGGAGGACGGCUGUGCCGCGGAAGGUGUCUUGGCACUGGAAGAGUGGGCCACGAGACCCGGCAAAAUGCCGAAAAUGGCCAGGGCGGACUCCGAUGAGAGCACAGGAACGCCGGAGCAGGAGGUUGUGGCGGCAAAUGACAGCUACAGGGUGACGGUCGUCACCGCAGACGCCCUGGAGGAGGUGAGGGAGCUCCAGAAAAAGUUGGUGGUUUACCAGGCGAAACUCUUCCAGGGGCGCCUGUUCGUGCAGAGCUGCAGAGCACUGGACUUCUGCACGGCCUUCGGCGGG